UCGUCACAGGGCCUGGUUAAUAAAAACAACACGGCUAAACCUGUUUGGUCAGUGUGAAGUGAUACUGGAACGCCGCUGUGUUAUCUUUAGACGAUUUUGUGUUCCCAUAUAAACGUUUCUCUCGUCGAUUUUCCUGGUGUUAAAUGUGAGGAUGUCUUUGUUUGGGAAAUUAUUUGGUAGCAGUGGCAAAGGAGGUAAAGCUCCCAGUGCCCAAGAGGCUAUCCAGCGGCUUCGAGAUACAGAGGAGAUGCUGACGAAGAAACAAGAAUUUCUGGAAAAGAAGAUUGAACAGGAACUAAUCACGGCAAAGCGAAACGGCACAAAGAACAAAAGAGCUGCACUACAAGCAUUGAAGCGCAAGAAGCGAUAUGAGAAGCAGUUGGCUCAGAUUGAUGGAACAUUGUCCACCAUUGAGUUCCAGAGGGAGGCACUGGAGAAUGCCAACACGAACACAGAGGUCAUCAAGAACAUGGGCUUUGCUGCUAAGGCCAUGAAAGCUGCUCAUGAUAACAUGGAUAUAGACAAAGUUGAUGAACUCAUGCAGGAUAUUACAGAGCAGCAGGAGUUGGCACAAGAAAUCUCAGAUGCAAUAUCAAAGCCUGUUGGGUUUGGUGAGGAGUUUGAUGAGGAUGAGUUGUUGGCUGAAUUGGAAGAGUUGGAACAGGAAGAGCUAGACAAGAACCUGCUAGAGAUUGGAGGCACAGAGAAUGUACAGCUGCCGAAUGUACCAUCUACAUCCCUACCUUCUAGACCAGCAGCAAAGAAAGAGGAAGAGGAUGAUGACAUGAAGGACCUGGAGGCUUGGGCAGCUAAUUAAUGCCUGCUGUUGGUCAACAAACCUUCCCCAACGCCACACUUUAACAGAAGCAGCUGGUCAAACAAGACAGAUUUUGAUGGUUUGGCUUUUGGACUGAUUAAAUUAAAAGAAAAAUAUGAACUGAAGAAAUAAAACGAAAUGCUGUGACUGUGAAACAAAUACUACUACUUACAACACAUCCUACCACACUUUUUUGAAGUUUAGCACAAAUUGUCAUCAAGCAUGGUAAAUAUUAAGCUGCAUACAUCUCAGUGCUCUUUCUGAUUGGUGGACCUAGAAGAAAAGGUAUGUAUUCUGGAGGACUCUUAUUAUGUUUGAAGUAUUUAUCCGAAGCUUAUUCUCAAACACGCCCAUGGUAAAAUAAUCCUGUAUACAUUAUGUAUAAUAUUUUAAAUGGGAAACUGAACAGAUUAUACAUGUAUAUCCAUAAAACCGUAACAUUUUAUUUUAAAGGUUUACAUUUUUUUUUCUUGCAGGUUAUACAAAAACUAAUUUCUUUAUGAAAAUUUCUUCAUUUAAAAAUAGGGCUUAUUUUUUCCUUCUUGUACUGAGCACAAGUAGAAGAGUGCUUGAGUGGAAUAGUCAUAACAUGACCAAAGCUCAUCAAGCAUAUUCGUGCGCUGGUUUUUGAAACAUUCUCUUGAAGUGCCCUCUUUGUAAACAACUUUUGAAGCAUGCAUUGUGACAACAUGAAAUAUACUUUUUUCCCCUGAUAUCUUAGUGAAAGCAUGUAUCAGAAUGAUAUAAAUGCUACUAAUUAUUUCAUGAUUUACUUUACAAGACUGUUCUAGAUUCCCAAGGAAUGAUGAACAUGUGUCUACAUUUUAAGUAUGAAUGGAUUUUUCCUCAGAAGGGGUUUGGUGAUGCAGGUUUAUUAAAUCUAAUUAGUUUUUGUGCAUUUGUGUUCUGCCUCUGAAUUCAUAUUAGUACAUUUUUACCUCUUGUUUAAAAGUAUAUUUAUAAGCUGCAAUUUGACCUAAAUCUGUCAUUUUGAUUUGUUGACAUUAGUGUUUAAUUUAUGUGCAAAGCUACUAAUAUUUGCUGGCACAUGCAGCUGUACUUUUAUACAUGCCUGAAACUAAAGGUCUUGCAUUCAGCAAAAUUUCAAGAAAGCUUUCAUUUAUUUCAUUUCAUUUGACCCUGAUUUCAGUGUUAUUUUACAAUAUAAAAUUGUUUUCCUUGAAUCAUAAAAUAUGUUGCAAAUCUCUGUAUAUGGUAUUGAUUUAGAAUAUUGUUUGCAAAGCAGAAACCAAAUGGAAUAUCUCCCCAUUUAGCUUUUUUGCACAACCCACCAUGGAAUAAUAUAUUGGUUUGUCCAUUACAUACACAUGGGGACGAGCUUGUAACAGGUUGAUGGCUGGUGUAAGUGGUGGGUUGGUUUGUUCUUUUCGUUUUUGAUGAAGGACACUCCUGAAGAACUUGGUGUCUGAAACAAUGCAGGCUCAUUUGUACAGGAUGAAAACAUUUUUGUUUUCAUUACCUUGUUGGAUUUAUUACUGUUAGUAAACUGUAAUUGAAUGAU